AAAAGCAGGCACAAGCGAAGUCACCCUUCCCGGAAGUGGUAAUGCGACCACUCCUGAUCUGCUUGCAGGAUGUUCACAGGUCUUAGUAGUGCACUGUAACACGAGAGUGCCAGAAGGAAGGCAUUACCAUCUCCCCUCGCUCUCCGCUGGAAGCAGCCGAGGAGCUUCAGCCACUUUGCUCUUUAAGGGUUAACAAACGACCACGGAGCUGAAGGAAAGAGAAAACUACACGUUUAUUUUAUCCAGGAAGCGGCUUUCAUGAUGGUGCUUGUUGGAAUUAAGCAAGGAAACUAAGUAAAGUUUUUUGACCAGCCUUCUGGUCCCUGCACAGAGAAAUCUAACAGGAUACAUCUUGGGGGUCAAGGUUGAGGGAGAACCAUCUGAAGUAUCACUGGAAAAAGCUGAGGAACAGAUGCAGGAGCAGAAACUGAGGAGUCAAGAAGGAGCAAAGAGACAAGAGGAGAGACAAACUCACACAGGGGACAAACCUUAUAAAUGCUUGGAGUGUGGAAAGAGCUUCAGUCGGAGUGACCACCUUACUUUGCAUCAAAGAACUCACACAGGGGACAAACCUCAUAGAUGCUUGGAGUGUGGAAAGAGCUUCAGUCAGAGUGGCAACCUUACUUCGCAUCAAAGAUGUCACACGGGAGAGAAACCUUAUAAAUGCUUGGAGUGUGGAAAGACCUUCAGGUGCACUAGCCACCUUACAUCACAUCAAAGAUGUCACACAGGGGAUAAAUCUUAUAUAUGCUUGGUGUGUGGAAAGAGCUUCAGUCAGAGUGGCACCCUUACUUCGCAUCACAGAACUCAUACAGGAGAGAAACCUUAUACAUGCUUUGAGUGUGGAAAGAGCUUCAGUCAGAGUACCACCCUUACUUCGCAUCGAAGAACUCACACAGGGGACAAACCUUAUAAAUGCUUUGAGUGUGGAAAGAGCUUCAGGAGUAGUAGCACCCUUGCUUCACAUCACAGAAGGCACACAGGGGAUAAACCUUAUAAAUGCUUGGAGUGUGGAAAGAGCUUCAGUCAGAGUAGCACCCUUACUUUGCAUCGAAGAACUCACACAGGGGACAAACCUUAUAAAUGCUUGGAGUGUGGAAAGAGCUUUGGGAGUAGUAACAACCUUACUUUGCAUCACAGAAGUCACACAGGGGAUAAACCUUAUAAAUGCUUCGAGUGUGGAAAGAGCUUCAGUCAGAGUAGUUCCCUUACUUUGCAUCAAAGAAGUCACACACGGAAUAAACCUUAUAAAUGUCUCGAGUGUGGAAAGAGCUUCAGUCAGAGUAGCAACCUUACUUCGCAUCACAGAACUCAUACAGGGGACAAACCUUAUAAAUGCUUUGAGUGUGGAAAGAGCUUCAGUCGGAGUGGCAAACUUACUUUGCAUCACAGAACGCAUACAGGGAACAAACCUUAUGCAUGCUUUUAGUGUUGAAA